GCUCUGCGCUGGAUAGCAGAAAAUACUGAGCGCAGGACAAAACGACCAUUUGUUGUGCAUGAGCGUGUGAAACGUCUAAAGAAGUUAACAUGGACUAGAGAGGAGAAAGAAAGCACGGCCUGCGAGGACUGCGCACGUGAUGUGGCUGGACCUUGACAAUAUCUAGUUCACCUCCUCGCCGAGAGCGAAGAGAAAAAUCAGAAACUUGUUCUUUUUCGUUUUCCUUCUGGGUUGCUAACGCUGUGGAAGUUGGCAUGCCUGGAGAAUCUUACAGACGGCACUUGAUUCAUAGGAGCUGCCCAUGAGAGAUCCCCGGGCCGUAUUUUCCCGUUUUUAUUAUUCUGAUUAAUGCAGUUGUGGAAUACUGUCACUGGGGGAGUUUGCGUGGAUUGAUUGCCAUCCCGACACUCACCUGCGUGGGGUGUUUUUUUUUGUGUGUGGUUUUGUCCACUUUGCGGACAAGGCACCAAACUGACCGGAAUGACAUUUAGUUAGCUCAACCCUACAGCAUUUGGUUUAUCAUCUACAGUAUGUACCCAGCUCUAUGUAGAAGAUAACACAUAAAGUUGUUUCCAAACAGCAGCAGUUUAAAGAGUGCAUAGUAUGUAUAUGAUCUGUGCUAGCCGGAACUUUAUUAUUCUGCUUGCGCCUUGCCGGUUUUAUAAUUCCCGUGUGCUUUGGGGUUGUGCGACGGAAUCUGGCAUGCCUUCAUAUCAGCUUGGGAGAGCUUUGGGAGUUUAUUGGAAAGGAGGCUUGUGGUAACUCUGCUGCAGUCCCGUGGGAAUCCACCGCCGUUCUUAAAAGGAUCACUUGGAGCGAUUUUGUGUCCGUGUUUAUUUUUAUUUUCGGAUCUCAAAGUUUAUUAUUCGCCGCAUCAAAUCCCCCCGGAUCCCGUUUUCGACGAUGUCUUCUAAGGACAACCCUUGUCGGAAGUUUCAAGCCAAUAUUUUUAACAAAAGUAAAUGUCAGAACUGUUUUAAACCCCGGGAAUCGCAUUUGUUGAACGACGAGGAUUUAAACCAGGCAAAGCCUAUUUAUGGAGGAUGGCUUCUUCUAGCUCCAGAGGGAACAGACUUUGACAAUCCUGUGCACAGAUCCAGGAAAUGGCAGAGGAGGUUCUUCAUUCUGUAUGAACAUGGAUUACUGCGCUACGCCCUGGAUGAGAUGCCCAGCACAUUGCCUCAGGGCACCAUCAACAUGAACCAGUGCUCGGAUGUGAUUGAUGGAGAGGCCAGGACGGGCCAGAAGAACUCCCUGUGCAUCCUGACACCUGACAAGGAGCAUUUCAUCCGCGCAGAAAACAAAGAGAUCAUAAACGGAUGGUUAGAGACCCUGAUUGUGUACCCCAGGACUAACAAGCAAAACCUUAAAAAGAAGAGAAAAGUUGAGCCUCCCACUCCACAGGGUCCACACACCACUGCUCCGCUGUCGCCGGAAAAAAUGAACGGGCAUCUCGAGCCCGGGCCGGCCAAGGUGGCGGUGACCAGCAACAGCGCCAUUCCCAGCAUCCCCUCCGUGGAGAAGGUGCCGGCCAGCAAGUCCACCCUCUGGCAGGAGGAGAGGAGGGGCGACAUGAGGGUCAUCCCCUGCAGCCGGAGUGCCUCCUGCCUCAGCCAGCUGAGCCAGGCCUGCCCCUCCCAGAGCGCCCCUUCAGCCGCGGCCAGAGAAGCAGACCGAGGCGCGGCGCCCAGCGGGCGGAAGGCACGUGUAGAAAGUGGUUACUUCUCCCUGGAGAAGCCCAAGCCGGAGAAGACCCAGCCCCCUCAGCAGCUGCCCCUGGCGGCCCCCACCAGCCCCGGCGGCCCCCACAGGUAUAGUUCCCCAGACGCGGACCCCCUGGCCACCCCCCCCUGCCGCUCUCCGGAGUGCAGCGACCCUCUCCUCUCCCCAGGUCCCCUCUACUCCAACGGCUCCUCCACCAUCAGCUCCUCCCAGAGCUCCCUGGACUCGGAGGCCAGCAGCACCACGCAGACCAGCGGGGCCAGCUGGGAGGGGCGAGGCAGGGGGGAGCCGGCGGGGCGGCCGGGCAGAGGCGGCCGGGAGUACGCCUGCCUGGCCGACGUGCCCAAAGCCAGGAGGAUCAGCCACCGCGAGGCCUUCCGCGUGGAGAAGAAGCGGCUGGAGCAGAGGUCCCGAACCCGCAGCCCCGGCCGCGAGGAGGUGGUCCGGCUGUUCGGCCAGGAGCGAAGGCGGUCCCAGGUGAUCGACAGGUUCGAGACACUGGAGGCAGAGAAUGCGGAGCGCAUGGAGACCAGCUCCUCCUCGGAACUCCUCUCAUCAGCCAGCGCCCCUCGGCAAAGCCGCAGCGAGAGGCGGCCCUGCCCCAGGAAACAGGAAUUUUCUCUGGAAGCGCCGAAGGAAAGAUCCAUUCCUGAUGUGUCCACCUCUGCCAUCUCCCCCUACCGCCGAGCUAAGUCCUUGGACAGGAGAGCGACUGAGUCCAACAUGACACCUGACUUAUUGAAUUUCAAGAAAGGAUGGAUGACCAAAUUGUAUGAAGAUGGGCUGUGGAAGAAGCACUGGUUUGUCCUAACAGAUCAGAGUCUGAGGUACUACAGGGACUCAGUUGCUGAGGAGGCGGCAGAUCUAGAUGGAGAAAUAGACCUUGCCACUUGCUUUGAUGUCACAGAAUUCGCAGUGCAGAGAAACUAUGGAUUUCAAAUUCAUACGAAAGAAGGCGCCUUCACGCUGUCCGCCAUGACCUCCGGGAUUCGGCGCAAUUGGAUCCAGGCCAUCAUGAAGAACGUGCGUCCCACGACAGCUCCUGACGUCACCAGGAAAAACUUCUCUUUGAAACUGUCCGUUCUCAAAUCCAGCUCGCUGCCCGAGGAGAAAGCCAAGGCUGCGGCCGAGAUCCAGCAGGGCCCGGCCGGGCCCGAGGCGGACGGGGGCGGCGCGGAGCAGCGCCGAAGCCGGGUCCGGGAGCGCCGGCGAGAGGGGCGCUCCAAGACCUUCGACUGGGCCGAAUUCCGCCCCGCGCAGGACAAGGUGGACGAGCCAGCGGACACCACCACCUCCCCCUCCAGCGCCACAGCCACUACCUCCCCUUCCUCCCCCUCCCGCUCCCCCUCCUCCGCGUCCUCUCCCAGCUCCUCCUCCGGCGCGGCCCUCCGGGACCCGGGCGAGGCGGCCGAGCUGGAGAGGGAGCGGGCGCGCCGGCGGGAGGAGAGGAGGCGGCGGUUCGAGCCGGCGGACGGGGGGCUGGAAGAGGGCAGUCGCAUGGAGGUGGACCAGUCGCCCGCCUCGCCGCCCACCCCCCCGGGCCCCGACGCCAAGCCCCCCAACGUCCAGGUAGAGAUCGAGCAGCGCUGGCACCAGGUGGAGACCACCCCGCUGCGGGAGGAGAAGCAGGUGCCCAUCGCCACCCUGCACACCUGCGAACCCGGGGCCGACCGCCUGCCCCCUCAGGAGCUCGCGGCUCUGCUGGAUAAAGAGCUGGAGCAGACGCAGAAGGUGCUGGCCAAGCUGCAGGACCAGAACAGCCUGCUCCAGGAACAGCUCAAGGAGGCCCGGGGAAGAGAGCAGAGUGCGCGGGAGGGCUAUGUGCUGCAGAAUGACUCUUCAACCUCACCGACAGGAGCCUGGCAAAGGCUCCAUAAGCUCAACCAAGACCUUCAAAACGAGCUGGAGGCUCAACGGCAGCGUCAUGACCUCACAAGCCAGCAGGUCCAAGCUUUGAAGCGCAGCUACAGUGAGGCCAAGGACGUCAUCAGACACCAUGAGUCGGAAAUCCAGAUCCUGCAGACCAAACUCAAUAACGCCAUGGCAGAGAUUCUAAUCAGUGAGCAAACUGUAGCCAAGAUGAGGAGCGAGCUGAAAAUGGAACAGGAGAAGUUUAAAGAGCGCAUGGAGGAGUGGGAGCACAACGAGCAGACUCUUCAGACUCAGCUGAAAGACAGUGAGGACAGGCUGAAGGAUGUGGAGGCUCUUCUUUUGGAAAAGACCCAAGCUUUGCGAGACCUGGAGAGACAGCAGGCCUUGCAGAAGGACUAUCUUAAGGAGGUGCAGAGGCUGCAAGAUAGGCUGAAAGACGUCACCAGUCAGCUGACAGCUACAGAACAGGCCCAGGCCUUGAAGGAGGAGAGGCUUUCGAGAAACUGCGAGAUUCUGAAGGAAAGCCUGGAGAAGGAGAAGCAGUCUCUGUCUCGGAGCUUGGCAGAAGCAGAGGGGAAGGCACGGGAGCUGGAGGACAGACUUCAGGAGGCAGAACUGCAAGUUGAAGACCUGCUGAAGGAGAAACGGACCACUGGUCUAGAGAGCAGCGAGGUGGUCCACCAGCUUGAAGAGCAGUUGGCUUUCAAGACGGCCACCAUCCAUAAGCUCACUGAAAAUAUCCAUGAGCUGGAAGAGGAGAAAGAUCAGCUGACCUGCAGGUGCCAGGAACUGAUCAACCAGAUAACGGAAGCCGACAAUGAAGUGGCCAAGCUGCAAUCUCGGCUAAAAACGGAGGAGACUGACUACUACAACCUGGAGCAUUCCUUUGAGAAGGUGUCAGAGGAAUUCCAGAAGAUCAACAGAGUUCUCAGAGAAAAGGAAGAGGAAAUCAGGGAAGCAAAGGAGAUGUAUGAGAAGCUGGUAGAGAAGAAAGAGCAGGACCUCAAUGAAGCCCUGGUAAAAAUGGCUGCUCUGGGGAGCAGCUUGGAAGAAACGGAAUUCAGACUAAGAGCAAAAGAAGAACUGCUCUCAAAAAUGGGUCACGUCCAGGUAGAGGCAAGCGGCACUGAGAGAGAUUUGCAAGCUAAGUUAGAAAUGGCAGAGGAUCGCAUAACAGAGCUUGAACAACACCUCAGUGAUCUGCAGCUGGGCUAUGCCGACCUUCAAAUGGAGAACAGCAAGCUUCAAGAAGACUGUGAUGUCCUUGAAAGCAUGCAGAAAAAAGAGGAUUCGUCUUCACCUGUAGGUGAAACUGCACUAAUUGCUGAUGUUAGACCGAAAGUUAAAGCAAACACUGACUUUGGCGUUUCACUUGCUAAAAGACAGAGGAUACGAUUUUCAAGUAUACACUGCCAAAAGUAUGUCCAUCCAGAUGGCACAGAGAAAAUGUGGAUGAGUAGCACAUCCUCUGACACCAGCCAGGAUCGAUCCCUUUCAGAGGAGAGUGGAUCCUCUGAUCCACCCUACCAGUGUACUAUCUCUUCCACAAGUGGUGAUCCAGAUAAGUUUAUUUCAAUUAUCCACUCGCUAGAAACCAAACUCUAUGUGACAGAAGAGAAACUCAAAGACAUCACGUUGAAGUUGGAAGCGCAACAGAGUAGACAACUCGAGUCCAUGAUGGAACACCAUAGCCAAUGGUCGAAAACCGAGACAGAGCUCAAAGAACAGCUGACGGAAAGCCUGUCCAAAGUAGACAAGCUAACAGCUCAGCUCCAGGAGGAAAUGAACAAGAGAUGCACAUUUGCUCAACAAACCAGAUGCUGUAUCAAAGCAGUGAAUGCUAAAUAUGAAAAGGCCUUAGCUUGUGUAGAAUUAAGCAGGGAAAAAGUCCAGUCCAUCCUUAAGAGCCACAAAGAUGAUAGCACAGAUAAACAGCUACACACAUUGUCAGAAAUUGAGACAGAGCUGGUCAAUGCCACUAUUUAUAUUCAGCAGGGAGGAAGUGGUUUAGAAGAACAACAGCUGCAAUACCAGGAAAGUCUAAACAAGGAGGUAACAGUACAUGAGCUAUCGGAUGAGGACAAGAUCAAACUGUUUGCCAAAACAUUAGCGUUUGAGGCACUGGUUUUAAACAAGAUGGCAUUCUCUAUACAAAAUCCAAAUUUAGACCUUUUGCAGGGACUUAGCACAGUAUGUCAGGAAGCUGAGAAAUUGAAAAGGAGUGACGAGUCAUAUGUUGCAAUUGCCUAUGCAGAUGUCUUAACCCAAAAGCUAAUGUUGGAGAGUGAGUUUUGGGACGAAGUGGAGAAGCUCAAGAUGCAGUUUAAGGAGAAGGAAGAGGUUAGUCAAGGUGUUCAGUCAUCAGGGGACGACCGUGCAGGGAAAACUGAUAGCGUAGUAAUGAGCAAUGCCUGCAUUAAAGCGGAGCUUGCUUUUGCAGUGCAAAAUCUGAAGCAAUUUUAUGAGCGGAAACUUCAAAAGGUUAAGGAGGAUCUCCUUGAAGCUCACAGGAAUCUUGAACAUAGAGAUCAUACAUUGAAAGCAAUCGUAAAAGCUUACAAGAUGCCAGAGUUUGACCGGGUCAUUCGGGAGGUUAGUGAUGAGUUUAGUGGUGAACAAGGGAGAACUUUGGCUGACAUCAGCCCCCCUGAGCUUGCUCCUUACUUAGAGCAAAUUAAGAUGGAGGAGGCCCACAACUUGGCCGAACAGAUUGUCGACAAGCACCUUCAGAGAGGUUUGCCGUCCUGUAGCAUAGAUGCAAUAGAACCCCCGCUUGUGGGGCGAGAUAAGCUAGCUGAUGAACUGAAAAGGCAGGCAGGCAUUCUUCAGCAUUUGUCUCAAGAGAUGGAGACUACCUGCAACACAGACAAAGGCUUUGGCCACCACAGGUUAAUGGACAUUUCCUGUGUGCCUCCUUCUCACAGACAUAUCAGCGACAGCAGUUCCCUUUUCAUGCGAGAAGCCAUGGUUCAGGCUCAGAUAGCUUAUGUGGCCUGCAAGCUAAGAGCAGACCAUGAAAGAGACUUAAAGGAAUGUAGGGAGGCCUGCAAAAGCAUGGAUGUCUUGUGUCAAGAGCAUGCGAAAAACGUGAACGCCAUCCGCGAGCGGUACGAAAGCUCCCUGCAAGACGAGCGGCGGAGCUUUGCUCAGACCGUUUCCAACCUCGAGGAGGAGAACGAAGCCCUGAAAGGAGAGGUCUCCCAACACAUGGCAGAGCUCUCUCUGCAGCAGGAACGCCUCGUGCAGAUGGAGGAACGUUUCCGACAGGAAAUGGAAGAGCUGAAGGACAGGUAUGAGCAAGAGCUGCACCGCGCGGAGGAGAAACGGAAGACGGCGGAGGCGGCGGUGAAGGACAGCACGGCCGAAAGCCAGAGGAAGCUGGAAGUCGUGUUGCUAGAUAUCGAGAACAUGGAGGACAGGCACGAGGCGCACAUCCAAAAGCUGGAGGACAACUUUCAUAGCAAAAUACAGGAACUGCAACGAAUCCACGAGGAAGAGAUGCAGCACUUGCACAGCCACUACACUCAGACCAUCAAAGCCAUGCAGGAGACGGUGGAGAAGCUGAAGUCCAAGCAUCCAGAGGACUCGCCCGCAGAGGUCUGCUCACCUCCCAAAAACUCCUGGCCAGCAGAGGAGGUUGAUGGGACGCAAUCCCAAGAGGCAAAGACGGAGUUGGAUUCUAUGACUGUUUUGAGGGAGAGGAUCCAGGAGCUGGAGACACAGAUGAAUGCAAUGAAGGACGAGCUGGAGCACAAGCACCUGGAGGGAGAUGUGUCCAGCCUGAGGGAGAAAUACCAGAAAGACUUUGAAAACUUAAAGGCGACCUGCGAGAGGGGCUUUGCGGCCAUGGAGGAGACGCACCAGAAGGUGAUAGAGGACAUCCAGAGGCAGCACCAGAGGGAGAUCUGCAAGCUGUUGGAAGAGCGGGAGAGGCUGCUGGCCGAGGAGACAGCUGCCACAAUUGCCGCUAUUGAAGCCAUGAAGAAUGCACACCGAGAAGAGCUGGAGAAGACCCAGCGCUCCCAAAUCACCGGGAUGAACUCGGACAUCGAAGAGCUCCGAAAGCAGUACAAAGAAGAGCUACAGUCCAUCCACCGGGAGCUGGAGGUGCUUUCAGAGCAGUAUUCCCAGAAGUGUCUGGAGAACGCCCACCUGGCACAGGCCCUGGAGGCCGAGAGGCAGGCCCUGCGACAGUGCCAGCGUGAGAACCAGGAGCUCAAUGCGCACAAUCAGGAGCUGAAUAACCGCCUGGCAGCGGAGAUCACCCGAUUGCGGUCCAGUAUCACCGGAGAGGAGGCUGGCUCACCUCUCACUCAUGGCAAGGACAUCUACGAGCUUGAGGUUUUACUGCGGGUCAAGGAAUCGGAAAUCCAAUAUCUAAAACAAGAAAUCCACUCACUGAAGGACGAACUCCAGUCUGCACUAAGGGACAAGAAGUACGCCACGGACAAGUACAAGGACAUCUACACGGAGCUGAGCAUCGUGCGAGCGAAGGCGGAGUGUGACAUCAUGAAGCUGAAGGAGCAGCUGAUGGCGGCCACAGAGGCGCUGGGGGAGAAGACGGCGGAGAGCACCCCUGUGUCUGGAUAUGAUAUAAUGAAAUCUAAAAGUAAUCCUGAUUUUCUCAAGAAGGAGAGGUCAAGUGUUAGCCGACAAAUUCGAGGGGUGCGGUCUAAGUCUGUAAUUGAGCAGGUCUCAUGGGACAGCUGAUGACUGCCAGGGAGUGGGUAUGCCUGUGAUCUAGAGCCUGAAGGAGGGGCUGACAGUGCAAGAGCGCCUGAAACUGUUUGAGGCAAGAGACUCGAAGAAGAUCUGACCCCACACCCGACAUGCCACAGUGGUCACACUGUACUCGACCGAGCUGGGCUGUGGGCGGCGCGGACAGAAUUCGCAAAACCCUCUAGUGAUUUAUUUCGGAUAAAUGUCUGACGUGUGAAAACCAGCAGCCGAGGGAAAGCGCUAAAAAUCCAAUUAGUCAUCUGUCAUUUUUGAGGGGCACAACCGUAAAGUCAAUUAUCUCCAAUCCCUCCUGUCGUUUCACUCUAAAUCGCCCUCGACUUAUUUUACUACUUCUUUGGAAAUGAGGAGACCUAUGCAUUGAAUAUGUGGGUUUUUUUCACCACCUUGUGUACAUUGUACUAAGAACAAUUAUAUAGUUCUGAAACUCAGCGUGCAGCCAUUAAAAGUUAAAAAUAAAGGCUUAUUGCAUUCAGAUGUUUUCUAUAAUUCUAAAAACAAAAUUAAGUAGGUAAUUAAAAGAUUUGAGAAGUUGUGGAAGUAUUUUGUGACCAUAUUUUGGGUUAUAAUGUCACAUAGUUUAACUGAUAACAAGGGUGCUGGGAAGAAUUUCAAAUAUUUAGUACAUAAGUAUGUGUAUUUUGGAAGUAGUAGCAAUAUUGCCGUGAACUAUUCAUUCUGGAUUGGGAAGAUAGGAGAGUGAAUAAUCUGUUCCCUGGUUGUCAUUUUAGCAGAGCAGAGAUAGUUGUAUCCAUGCUCUCUCACACACAUCACCAGUGUGGAAGAUGCUACCUUUCAAAUGAAGGCUUCCUUCUGCAAUACACAGAUGAUAUUUCCCACUUACCACGUGAGGAUUGCAGUUCCUUGAUUAAAAAGCAGUCCUUCAUUUUCCUCUUUUUAUUUUCUUUCAGGGAAUAUUUUGACAAUUUCAAAAAAGAUUUCCAAACAUGCCUCUCUCACCAGAACAUAUCACAGAUGCUGAGAUACAUGUCCUUUUUUGUCCUUGAAACCUAGGAAUACCAUCUUUAGGAUGUCUUUUCCCCCAUUUUUUAUUGAUUUAAUAUUUAAUAUCCACACACUUAUAUCUCUAGCAGACAAAAGAAGCCAAGUACUCACAUUACACUGACACAAGUAAUAUGUUGAAAAGUAAGGAUGUCUCAGUAUUCCCUGAAAGCAUUUUCCUAUGUUCCAGAACCUUUUGAAAACAUUUAAUUUUCUUAAAACCCAUUUUCCAACUUGUUGAAGAAUAAAACAAAUUAUCACAGUACUGUGUAGAAGGAUGGUAGUGAACAUAGUCGAAUUUUUUUAAGUGACCUACAGUAUACACCUAUGGUGAGUUCCGUUUAACUUCUACACAGAAGAAUUGAAGCAGAAUUAUUUUUGGAGUCUCAGCUGUCCAAAAAAGCUGUGUAUUAACAUAGGCGGCUUAAAAUGUCUUUAUUUUGCCUUUUUUUUAUUGCAGGGUUACAAAUACACUGUUAUGCCAAAAAUAAAGUCGAGUCAAAUUUAGGCCUGUCCCCAAGAAAUGAUUUAACAAAUUAAGAUUUGUUCAAACAUAUUAAAAGAGUAAUUUGAUCAUUAAAAGUAGGUGAAUAGAUCAAAUGAUUAACAAUUGCUACAGUAGAAUGUUUAAAAAUGAAUUUAAAAAUAAAUGUGAUAAUAUUAACGCUGAUAAAACUAAAAAGUAGUUCUACAAAAUAAUGUCUGGUGAACUAAAUUCUAAAUUAAGCUACUCACCGCGGAAGAAAUCUCUGGCAGAAAUUGUGAAACUCCAAAAGGAUGAUUUCCUUUUUGUUUUAUUCUGAUUAUACUUUCUCUGCGGUGUCGCUGGAACACAACAUUACCCAGGUGAGGUGCAAUCAGGUUGAACCAAAACGGUAUUAACGUGAUUGAAACUAGCGCGGCCGAUGUCCCUUUGUGAAGCUGUUCCCGAGUAGCACGAGCCACUGAGAUUUGUGUUCCCACACCCUCUCUUGACAGGCUGAAUGAGCCUCAACAGCGAUCCCACCAAUGGCAAGGCUGUGUUUCGGAACACUUGGUGUUGUAUAGACUGCAGCUCAGCUUACAUGAGGCUCUUGGCUUCUUGGUUAUGAGAUGUUUUGUCUCGCUUUCAAGCGGAAAAAACAACUGUAUAGUAUUCAAAGCACGCCAUGUAAAUAUUUGUUACACAGAAUUUAGUUUUUGUGAUUUUAUCCGUUUUAAAUCUAUAUCCUUGCUACUAGCACUAUAAAUAUCUAUAUAUAUUUUUAGUUUGACUGUACACACAAGUUAUUGGGAAUAAACUGAAGAGUCUCCAGCCCUCAAUGAUGCUCGAAAUCAAAAGGUCAAACUCUGUUCCCGGAUGUUCUUGCUUUGCAAUUUGCACCGCAGAACCACACAUUUCAAAAGAAAUACAAAUUCAAACAGAAAUCUCAUCCUCUUAAAAGGUAAAUCAAGUUAAUGAAUACAUUUAUAAAAGUUUAGGGCUCUGCACGCAGGAAUGAAAGGUUGCGGGUUCGAAUCUUGAGUGAGGCACAGCUGCUGCACCCCGAGCAAAUGAAUCUGUGAAAUGCCCAGUAUAACUGGGUCCACAUUUGGAUUGCAUUGGAUGUACUGUAAAUAUCAGCCCAAUAAAAUGAUAAAUUACAUGCACCUGAUUUUUAAUAAGCUGCUAAUAUCAAUAAGCUGAUUUAACUAUUUUAAAAGAAUAACCGUCUACUACCAAAAGAUAGAUUUCUUCCUAAGACCCACUGGAACACGUUUCCUUUAUAUGGCAAUGUUUGAGGCUGUGCCAGUGCAGAAAAUAAGUGUUUUGAUUCAGAGUAUGCAGAUUGAUCUUAUCCCUUCUGGUUAUUUUUUAGGCCCCUUAUCACAAGCCUUGCUGAACUACUUAACCUGCAUCCUUUGAGGUUUUAGGACUGUUUAAAAUGUCAUGAGCCAACAAACCUGUUAUGAUGUGCUCUUUACAAGCCUGCUCAAUGCAGAAUGCAGUUUUGUGUUUGGAAUUUGCCUUUAUACAAUUGAAUUUAAGACCUCCUUUGCCAUUAGUUUAGUCCGUUUAAAACCCUCCACUGUCUGCAUGUUACAGUAUAUUGAAGUACUAUAGGAUGUCGGGGAAUGGGAAUGGCUAAGAUUCAUCAGUUUACAUUUCCUGCAAGUGCACACAUGGCUGUUUUUCUGUAUUAAUUAUGGGCCGCUGGAUCAAAAUCAUGCAUAAAUUGAACCUGAAUCCCUGAGAUGAGGUUCUCUCUUUCUCUAGUUGUUGGUUAAUAAUCAUACAUUAUUCCACAAACAUGGAAGCUUGGCACUAUUGAAACAAAAACAUCAGAACCUAGAAAAACAAAACUGUUAAAACUUCGGUAUUUUGAUGCUCAGACCUAUGUAGUGCUUCACUCAUUUGAACUUUGACCUUUAGGAAACAAAGAUUCAAAUCAUGCAGUCUUUUCAUAUUAAAGGGUUAAUUACACAUUUGCGUUACUUAUUCUUAUUUCUGUACCAAUAUGUAGAUGUUUUUCGGUUAUUUGCUUAGGUUCCCAUUUGCAAGUUUUUGUUUUUUUCUGUGUUGGAUGUAAAGGCAGAAGAUUUCACUGGAAUGGGGAACUUGGUCUGCUGGAAUCAUUUGGUCAAGUCUGUUACUGCUCAAUGAUAACCUCUUAUCCAGAAGAGUGUUUAAUGUAUUAUUUUUCAUCUUGGUGUUUAAAGUGUACUGGCUCCCAAGAUACAUUUUGAGUUGAGGAAACGAUCGGAUGUUGGACGUGCCAUUCUCACUAUAAAAAUGGUUCUGUAAUAGUCUCGUCCUGCCCACUCAUUAUGUUAUUUGAUGCCAAUUGUUAAUUAUGAUUGGAACAUCAUUCAUCACAAUAUUUAUUACUGAACUGUGGCUUUUUAUUAGAUUCUUGUGGUUUUAGUUGUCAUUUUAUGUAAAUAUGAAAACCCUACUUUAUAUAAUCUAUAUAACAGUAAUAAAAUAUUUUUGCACCAUCUGAAUGUUUUUGAUUGCUUUCAGGUAAAAAGCAGAUGCCCACGUCACAUUUCUUGGGGAAGUGGGCAACUUAUUGUGCGGUAUCACAGUAUUUUGUUUCAGUUUCUUGAGCAAAUACGAUGGCUUUAGUAUUGCAACUCUAGCCUUGUAGUUUGUGUAGUUUAAAAAAGGUUGGGGAAUGAAAUAGGGAAAACAAGUCAUAGCAUUAUGCUUUAUUGUAACUAAUGUUUAUGUAAUUGUAUACUGUUUAUGUUCAGGUAAAAAGUCUAAUUUAAAAAUAAUUGGCUUAGUCAGAUUGCCUGGUGGUAAAUAACAACCACUAGGCUCAUAAGCAAAUGCAGGAAAGCAAGAUUAAUUUUGCCUUUUGGCUAUUGAAAACUGUUAGCUGCUUCAAACCUGAUGUGUUAAUAGCACUUAAACCAAGAUCUAUCCUUGCAGUAAUGACUUUACCGUUAAAAGAACAGAAAUCCAGUGAUCUGAAAAGGUGGCAAAGCCAAAUGAACAUUCCUACUCUCAUUAUAUAACUUGUAACAAAGGUCCGCCCACCUGCUACCACCUGAUCAUCUGUUAAAUUAUGGGCUUGGUGAUGCACUGGAAUCAGGAGUUUCCAGCUUACUUUCCAAUAAUUCCUGUAUUGAACUAAACUAGAACAGCUUUUCCUAUUUCGGGCCAGGUAAUUUACAUUGAACUAACUCUGCCAUAAUGUUAAUGAAUCGUGUCAAAUUAUUUUAGUUCAUGUAAUCCUUACUCUCGGAAGCAAGUUACAAAAUGGAAAAAGUAAGAAAAUGUCAACAAUUAAAAAUACAUUUAGCUCAGUGGUGUACAAGAGACACUUAAUUCCAGGAAAUAUUUGAAUUUUAUCUUGAGGACACUUCAGGUCAUCACACCUUCACAGGUUAUGAAAUACAGGAGCAUUAAGUUAAAAAAAAACAAGAUUCUUUACAUCAUCCCCUGGGUGUUUAACACAAACAUUUACAGGAUAAAGCUCAAAGUCCCCAAGUAAUAUUUUUAAAUGACAGCUCGGGGUUUAAAUUUGUUAUUAUGUUUACAUUUGAAAUGACUGUUUUAUGUCUGCGUGAAGUGCAUGAUCAAUACUUCAACUGUCUCCUGUUGUCUGGGAGAAAUUCUAUCUUUAGAUUCUGACGUUUCAAUAACUAUGUGUAGCAUGAGGUACUUUAAACUCCCCCAGCUUAUUACUCAAUUCUAGAACAUUGGAUCAGAAAAAAAAA